AUGCCACCCAAUCCCCCGCCAAACAGACCUCCACCUGGAAGACAGCAACCAAGCAAUCCAGAUGGCUCUUCGGCUACCCCAGGGCCUUCAGGCACCGGUGGUACAGCUCGUGGAGGCUCAGCGAGUGGGCGCGGACGGCCGGUCCAGCGCCUACAGUCUCUCAAAAAACGAACGCCAGGCGGGAGUCUCGUGCCACUGAAUCCAGACGGUUCAACGCCCAAGCCAACCUUGAAAUUCCAGCCGAAGGUGGUCACACGGAAGAGCAAAGAGGAACGAGAAGCUCUAGAGAAUUUUGAGGCUGAGAGAUUACGGGAACGAAUAUCUGCUGCGAAUGCGGCGCGGAGAUCAUCUCGGGGUGGGGAUAGGGGCAGAGGAGGCAGAGGACGUGGAAGGGGAGGAUCCAGCGGUGCAUCUGGGCCUCUGGGAGGAGGUUCUGGUCCUGGAAGACAAGGAGGAGGAAAAUGGAAGGGUAAAGGUGGCCGCUCGACGAAAUUGUCUGGUGUGUAUGGAGUCAAGAGUGAGGGUGGUGCGGACCACGACAGCCGGGACGUUUCGUCUGAUGAAGGCAGCGAUUACGGGCUACGGUUUAGCAUUGACCAUAUCAAUCUCGAGAGCGAUUCGGAGGGUGAGAGUGCUGCUGCUAGUACGACGGUCAAGGGUAAAACCCCAUUGCCAAAGUCUACGCCUACGGGAGGAAGUCGUGGGCUCCGACCUGUGCGUGUUGAGAGGCAUGAGCACGUUGAAAGAUCAACCGGUAUCACCAGUGAAGCGAGCGCAAGUGCGAGCAAGUCGGCGGAGCUUAGGAGGCUGGCAAAGGAGAAAGCUGGAGCCGCAGAAGACAGCUUAUUUGUGGAGGAUGACCGCUCCGAUGAUUCUGAUCUAGAGGAAGAUGACGACGAUGAUGUUGUCAUGGGAGAGAUAAAGGAAUCCUUUUCGACGACGGACGGCCCUCGUAUCAAAACGGAGCCUACAGAUGAGAAUGCGAUUAUCGACGAUACUAUUCCACCCAUAUCCGAAGAAGUUGCGCCAAAAGUGCCGAUAAAGACAAGGAAGAAAAAGGAUCCAAGGACGAAACUACAGACAGAGGAAGAACGACAAGAGUACGAUCGCCACGAAGAGGAUAUUGACUACCUAAAAUCUACUCUUGGGAGCCUGGCAACGGCUGGAAAAGCACCAGAUAGUUCAACAACGGAAGUCGGGAAAAAGGACGAAGACGAAACCGAGGGUGUUAUAAAACCUCAAGACGAACGCCAGGGCCAGCUAUUUCUACUCCAGUUCCCACCGAUGACACCUAACCUUGUGCCACCGAUGACUGAGAAGACCAAUACUGUUGAGCAAGGUGAAGCCGUCACUGAAGCUGCUACGACUCUGCCCGCGGGGACGACCCCCCAAGCUCAAGGGUCGGUAACAAUAAAACGAGAGGACGGUGCCGUCAAUCCAGCUGCCAACGCCAACGCACCAACUCCUCUAGUCACGGCGACAAACAGUGCUCUACCGCGUGGGCGUGUGGGAAAGCUGAACAUACACAAAUCCGGCCGAGCAACCAUAGACUGGGGUGGAGUCAGCUUCGAGCUCACCAAAGGCAGUACUGUUGGCUUUAUACAGGAUGCCGUGCUGUUGUCAGACAACAUCACUGACGGCGGCUCUUCAGAUCGUGACAAGAGGCUCUGGGCCAUGUCGCAGGUCAGUGGCAAGUUUGUGGUAACUCCGGACUGGGACAAGAUACUUGACGAAUGA